ACCGCCACCUCGCCGGCGUCCGUCGCCGCCGCCGCCGCCAUCGCCAUGAAGCAGUGGAGGUCUCUCGUGUCCCUGCACUCGUCUGCGCCGUCCUGCUUCCCGCAGCCGACCGCCGCGCCGUCGCCGUGCCCGUCCCCGCCGCGGGAGGAGGAGGGGAAGAAGCAGCGGGAGGAGGAGGCGGCGGUGGUGAGGCUGGUGGGGAGCGACGGGAGGGUGAGGACGUACAGGAGGGCGGUGACGGCGAGGGAGCUGAUGCAGCAGCACCCGAGGCACCUGGUGUGCCGCGCCGACGCGCUGCUCAUCGGGGAGAAGAUCCCCGCGGUGGCGCCCGGCGAGGAGCUGCAGCCCGGGCAGGCCUACUUCCUCCUCCCGGCGCACCUCUUCCACUCCGUCCUCUCCUUCGUCUCCCUCGCCUCCUCGCUGCUGCUGCUCCUCUCCGCCUCCACCCCGUCCGCCCGCGGCGCCGGCGCCGCCGGCGGCAAGAAGCAGCGCCCCUUCGAGCUCCUCCGCACCGCCUCCGGCACGCUCCAGAUCAAGUUCUCCGACGACUUCCUCCUCGUCGACGACUCCGCCGCCGCCGACGGCGGCGGCGGCGGCAAGGCGACCGACCCGCCCGUGCUGCGCGGCGACAAGAAGCUGGAGAAGGAGUACGAGGAGCUCGUCGGGUACAGCAAGGCGCGCCGGUGGUCACCCAAGCUGGAGACCAUCCAAGAAGUCGUCGCCGCCGCCGCCGCCGCCACCACCACCGUGGACGACACCACCGCCACCGCCACCACCAGAAGAAAGGGUCGAGGCCUCCCCUUCCUCGGCAGGCUCGGCAGCCGCCGCCGGCGAGACCCACCCACCACCACCACCACCACCACCACCACCACCACCCUCGUCUGCGGCAAUGGCAGCGCGGUGGCGUGCUCCGGCUAGACCAAAACCUAAUUAGGGGGUAAUUAAGGGGGGUGAUUAAGGCAUUAAUCUCGAUCCAGCUCUGGUUUAGGCGACGGCACAGCUUCGCCUGUGCCCGCAUUUGUAAUUACAGAAAAAAAGUUUUGUCUUGGUGCUAAUUUGUAAAUGGAUUUUCGUUGCAUUCUGAUCAGAAAAAAAAUGAGAAAAAGGAGGCAAAGAUGGAUGGUGGC